GGGCUGGGGCUCUGCUCGCCCCCCUUAUUUUUUCUCUCAUUUUUUUCCCUUUUCCCUCCGUUCCGUGUGAAUACGCGGUUGGGGAGGCAGGCGCGCACCGCGAACAGCGCGGGGCUCGCUUCCACCCGCUCCGCCUGGGCGGGGAAGCCGCUCGGAGGGGGGGACAUGAAUAUCUGCCGCUGCCUGCGACGCCUCGCAUCCCUAGCAGGAGGCAGGACCUUGUGAAGCAGCAGCUACCCGGUUGCACCAGUUGGCAAAUUAAAAAUAAGAAAACAAGAAGCUCAAAGAGUUGCUGUUACCAGAAAGGUCAGAAUCAAUGGACUGUAUGGAUAUUGAUGUGUUUGAAGAUAUCAGCACUUCCCAUUACAAGAAUCAUGAAUAAACUGGCAGACCAGCAGGAUCACAUGAUACCAUGAAGAGAAGCUUACAGGUCCUCUAUUGCCAACUGUUUAGUGUUCUACUGAUCUUGGCACUGACAGAAGAGCUGGUGUUUUCUGUUCAGGUACUGUCUCCCACUGUAUCCUCCUCUCAGGGCCUCCCGAUGGACACUACCACUGUCACAGCCAUGGGAACGACGCCUGGCCGCAAGGACCGCCACGCGGCAGAGCCCGCUCCCACCUCCGCGCGUGCCGUUCCCCAUCCCGUCGGCCUGGCGGGGAGCAACGCUUCCGCUGGCCAGGAGCCAGCGAGCGACCCUCACGUCGGCGAAAAGGAAACGUAUCACUUGUACAACCAGAGCGCUUUGUACUCGGGACAGACUCGCCCCAAGGGGAAAAUAUUCCAGAUUUUCAAAGGCAACUUCACAGAGUCUUCAGAGCCUUACCUAAAGACCACCCUGCACUCUCCCUUCCCUACCUUGAGGAGCUCUUUCACAGACCAUCCAUUUCAGUCCCAGACUGCAACCUCCAGCGAUCCCAAUGGCACGGGGCUGGCCAGAACUACACCCUCAGACCCUUCUCCCCACCCCGAUACCUCGGGAAGCUUUAGGAAAGCAGAGCGAGGGGAGGGGACCGAGCGAGUUGUGCAGAAAGCAGAUUUUGCCACCACAACUGCUGGACCAUCCACUGAUCCUGAAGCAGUGUCGGUGCCUUUUAAACCCACCCGCUAUGGUGUAUGGGAUAUGCUGAGCAAAAACAACUCUUGGGUAACCUUGAAUCUCAGUACAAAUGUCCCCUUGUUUGCUGGCCCUGGAACUGCAGCAGCAGCAGUGGGUCACUCGGUUCAGACCAGCUUUGAUGUCAACAUCUCCUCCCCGGCAGUGGGAGACCCCACGGGCACCGCCCCAACACAGCAGGGCCUGGUGACGGACACCACCUUGCUGGGCAGUGCUCUCUCCACAGCGCCCGCCACGAGGUUGUCCAGCUCCAUGUCCACUGCUGGCUCCACCGCCACUGGAAACUUCCUCAACAGACUGGUUCCUGCCGGGACCUGGAAACCUGGGGUUCAAGGAAAUAUCUCCCAUGUCACUGAGGGGGACAAGCCCCAGCACAGAGCAACCAUCUGUCUCAGCAAGAUGGACAUUGCCUGGAUCAUUCUGGCUAUCAGCGUACCUAUAUCCUCAUGUUGUCUAGGUGGAGAGCUGACAGUGCCAGGGCAGCUUGAGACAGAUGAGAAGCAACCACUACACAGCUGCCUAGGGAGCAGGAAGAGUUUGCAGUCUUGGCUUCCAGACCACAGGAGACAGCCGCCUGCAGGACCAGCACCAGCUGGGGUUCCAGAGCUGGCUUAGGGUCUCAUCAUUUGACUCAGUUGCAUAAAAACAUGAUUGAAUAAUGUGGAUGCUGGUGUGUCCCCUGCUUAGCUGGGCUGUAUCAGCAAGGUAGGGCAAUAUAUUCUCUGCCAUUUCACUCUACGGAGCCAAGGAGAAGCCACUCAGUGUGUUACAGGAUGUGAUUAUGCUGAUCUGUUGGGAGUGAAACAAAAACAUAAACAUUUCACAGCCUUUGCUGCCUGUGGAAAAGUGAAAGGGUAGCAGCCAGCAAUACUGAGUAUUAAUCCUGUGAUUUACAGCCACGAGCUGCGUUGAAAACCAGGUUAGAUGUGUUGACUGAGCCAGUCUUACACAGAGCAUACUGCUGCCCAAAGGGGCCAUACUGCUCUCCCCUGCCCUCUCUGAGGCUCACCUAUGCGAUCCUCCCUCUCUCUGCCUGGGCCUCGCCUGGUACCUCUCUGAGCCACUUUCAGAUCACUGAAGUGGUCAAAAAUACUCACUUUGCUCUCUGUGCACAUAGUGGGCUGAAUCAGCUCCCCACAGGGUCAGGUGAGCAGAAGAUCUGGAGAGGAUGAAGCUGCAGGGAUACACACCUGGGAAGGGAGCAGGACCAAUCCUCUUGGCAGCUGAAAAUUAUUGGAUUGGCUCAGCAUAUCUGUUAGGGUUGUGCCUCUGGGACCAUCAGUCCUGCCAUUGCCAACGUGGUUAAAACCACUAGUGAAAACAAAGCUUAAAUCUAAAAGACUGACAAUCAAAACAAAGUGAUUGUCCUUUCCCAAAGUACAAACGUGCACGUGUACUUCUGUGAAAGAUGGAGAGGAAAAUCUGGGAUAUAGUGAGCACAACAUGAUAAUAAGAAGCAAUAUUUGCUGAUCUGAUGAACAGUGCCUUGUCUAUCCAUCACCAGAAAUAUAGGAUCAAAUAAAUUCUUCCCAGCAUUACAUUUGAAGCCAGUAUUGAGAAAGAAAGCUGAUCUGGGUAGAAUACAACCAAAUACAAAAUGCAAAAUGUAAUACCAUACACCACAGGCAGAAUAACCAUAACCAGUGUGUAAACUGGUGUAUGUCCCUAUUUGCAUACCACAUAUGAGUUAAUAACUAAUGAUAGGUAUUAACAAGAAUAAUAUAAAGAGUCUGUUGGCAGAACUUCUAACCCACUGUUUGUUCUAUGGUGGGUAUUUACACUUUUCUUAUCCUGUGUGCCGUAGCAGUAUGUGUUCCUGUGACUGUGUCUACCCUGUUUCUUGUGUUUGCAAGCCAUAUUUAAAAACAGGGAAUUGUUGUCACCUGUACCAGCUCUAACAACACAGCUGAGUGUUUCCAUGAUAGGGGCCCUGCCUUCAGGCCCCCUAUGAGCUGUGCACUGCAACCGUGAGCCCCGUGUCCCAAAGGCCCGGGUGUGCACUGUGCAGCAUGCGGUGGCAAAGGGGACUGCCGCCACCUCCAGGGCAAAGGCGCUCGCAGCUGAAGGCAGAAGGCUCCGCGCUGGCAAGUGCUCAUCGCUUCUGCCCUACGGGCAGCGAUGCUAGGAGGUGGAUGAAGAGCACAGCCCUUUGGAUUUCAUUUUGUCUUCAAGGGAUGGAAAUGUUUUCAUCGGGUUCUCACAGCUGUGGUGAGCGUGGGCUGAGGAAACACUGCCCUCUCCUGCCUUGGGAUGCUGCAGGGUGGAGGUAACCAGGGCACUGAGACUUGGCUUCAUGCUGUUGAAUACCUGAGCUGCAUUAGGAGGGAAACAAGCCACAGAGGAAAUCGCUGAGGACUCCUAUCAGGGAAGUUAUUGCUGUCCUGAGGGGGCAGGACUCUCCUGGAGGCUGUCCUGGAGCUGCUGGCACACUGAAGGAAGCUGAUCAGACCCCUGGAGGGAGGGCAGCAAGCCCUGAGCCGCGUGCUGAGACACCUGUGAGAAAGGAUGAGCCCCCUGCACCGGAGGACAGGCAGCCCUUAGGCAGGGGAGGUACCAGUGCACCCGAGAGAGAAGGGGAAGGAGGUGUGAGGAGGCAGCCGGAGCCUGCUCGUGGCUGCAGAGCUACAGGAAUCUAAUUAACUGAGCUCCCUCCUCCUGUUAAUGAGUAGUGCCCCUGAGCCAGCCCACAGACAUCCCGGCUGCUUCCAGAGCCGGUGCAGAGCUGCGCAGAUGCCAGCACAUCUCUCUUCUGCCAGGAGUCACAGAAUCAUAAAAUCAUCUAUGGAAAGACGGAAAAGACCUUCAAGAUCACCAAGUCCAACCGCCAACCUGACCUACUGAGUCCCACCACUAAACCAUGUCCCUCAGUGCCACAUCUCUUAAAUACCUGCAGGGAUGGGGGCUCCACCACUUCCGUGGGCAGCCCGUUCCAAUGCCUGACCGUGCUCUCCAUGAAGAAAUUCUUCCUGAUGUACAAUGUAAACCUCCCCUGCUGCAACUUGAGACCAUUUCCUCACGUCUUUGUGCCUUUCCCCAAAAGGGGCCAAAGUGGCUAUAAUUCCUUCCCUGCAACAGGGUGGUGACAAGGCUUGAAAACCCUUCCUUGCCAGGGUGCUUCUGGGCACAGCUCAGCCCUUGCUGCCCAAAAUCCUUGGAAAGGAACACACACCACCAUGCAUUUGAGCCACACUGAGGACUGGCAGCCCCUGCCAGCCGUGCUGGUGGCAUGGCUCGGUGGCUGGAGCUUAGCCUGGAGACCUGCACCUCAGGAGCUCACCUACUGAAAUGAGAGAUGGGAUUUAGCUUCCCAGUCCUCAUAGUACUUAUUUUUUAAGGAUGCAUAGGUUUCUGAGUCCCACUGAAAAGCCUUCAAAUUCUAGCCAGAAAAGUAGUGCUUUGAAUAGGAACACAUGAGCCACAUCUGCUGUGUGAAUCUGGGGAAAUCAUCCCACCUUUUGGUACCACAGUUUUGUGGUAUGAAUAAGGGGGAUAAUGUUGCUUACUCCACUUGAGGGCUGCAAAAAUGAAGGAUUCUGUACUACUACAUUCCCAGAAAAGCAAAGUAGUAUAUAACACUGAUAUCAGUAUUUUCUGCAUGUCACAGUUCCAGUUGUUUUUGCUGCGUCCUUUAGGCAGCCUUGAACAUUUUACUCUGUGUGUGUGUGCGCACACGUGUCUUGCACACCUGGCUGCAAUGCAGAACAAGACACAGUAUGAACUCAUUAUAAAACUCACAGGCCCGAUCCUUGGGCUCCCAGUACUUACAGCUCUGUAGCUACAGACUGACAUGAUAAAACAUUGAAGAACGGAAACUUGCAAAUCAGAAACGCAGAAGUGAAUUCGUUCAGGCAGUUCUGCUGAUGUGAGAAAACGCGAGGGGAAGGCUGAGCCUCAGAGGGAAACGUCAGCAGAACUCAAAGAAUAGAUGAAGAACUGCCUUGGACCUAACCCCGCUCAGCUCACAUUUCAUGCAUUGGGACACUUUCCAAAAUUAUCUCACCCACUUUCUCAGUCACAAAACCUGCAGAUGUUUGCCUCCUGGGCUGCAGAGAGAGCGAUCCCAGGCCCUGAGUCUCAUCCCCAGGGGUGAGCUCAGACGGAGCUCGAGAAGAGCCUCCGGUCUCCAGGUGGAAGCAGCUGUGGUCAAUAACAAACCCCGUCAUGAUACCUGCAACACAGCUAAGGCUGUACUGCCACAGGCAGCCCAAGUGACAGGCACACUCUUACAGCGGUGUUUAAUGAUGGGCAAAUAAGAUACACAGCCUCAGUAAAUGAGGAAAAAGGAAAGAAAAAGGGAUAAACCAUUAUUUUAGCCUUUAAAGCAAGUCUAGAAACUGUGUUCAUUUUAUGAUCUGCAGGCACAGGGAGAAAUAAAUUAACAUCCUGCAGUCUGAAUAUUUCCUGACUUUUAACUUCCAGCAUUCAAUUGUGUUUUAUGUGGGAGCUGGAGAGUGAGUGGAGCUUAUAGCUGUAUAAGAAUGGUAAUAUAUUUAAGUGAGAUGAAAGAAUAGACAGAAGACUAUCAGAUAACUGUAGGGAGUUGGUAUGAUCUCAUCACACUGCCUUUAUGAGGCCGGUAUUGAAUAUGGUGUAUAAUCCUGGUGGUUUAUGUUUAAAAAAAAAAAGAUUAGGAAGGAGCCAUGUGAAUGAUUCUAGAGCUGAGAAAUUCAGUGUAACUCCACUUGUGUAAGUAUGUGGUCCAAGAAAAGGUUGAAUCCCGCAUUUAAUUUCUGAUGGUGUAGUGGAGGCUUUUAAUAAAACAAAAAAAGGCAAAAGGAAAUUGAGGAAGUGGGGCUGAAGCUGGAGGUUUUCAGCACACAAGCGAGAUGUAAACAUGUCCCCAUGAUGGGUAUUAAAUAUUGAACAAACUUCCUGGGAAUGCAACGGAAAUCCAGUCACUCCGAGUCCUUAAACCAAGCUGGAUGUUUUCCUGUGUCAUCCGCUGACAUAAUGCUCAUGGGCAGGGGACCAAAGUUACCAGGUGUAGCUCUGUGUGUGCAGGUGGUGGGCAGCUGAGAGUAGAUGAUUGAUGUAUUUCCACCAGCCUAGAGAACUAUAAAUGCGUGAAAAUCCUGUGUCUCCUGUUUGUGGUACGUAUUG